AUGAGUAGGAAAGAAAGCAAGGCACCCAGAACAAGAAUGACAGCAGGGCAGACCAGGGUCUUGAUGUCCUUCUUCAAGGAUAAUCCGUUUCCCUCCACAACUGCCAGGGAGAAGUUGUCAAAAGUCUUGGGUGUUGGCCCACGGACAGUCCAGAUCUGGUUCCAGAACCAGAGGCAGAAGGCCAGAGGUCAGGCCAAGGUGUCCGACAGAGAGGAAGGGCCCAGAGCCUGUACCGGCAGCGAAUGUCUUGGGAAGCUGUGCAUCCUGGCGUGCGCAGCAAUCAGUAGGAUGGAAGAAGAGGCCGCCUGGAAUCUUGGGCACUAG